AAGUUCUACAUCCAGGAGAAAAAACUGUGCUACUCCAACAGAACUGGCUUAGAAUGCAUUGAUUCACUCUUCCAGACCGUAGAAGAUACUCCAGAGCCUAUUUCAACCCACAUCACUGGAACCAUACCCAAAUGGAUUAGGGGCAGUCUAUUACGAAAUGGACCGGGCAAAUUUGAGUUUGGAGAGGACAGUUAUAAUCACUGGUUUGAUGGUAUGGCCUUGAUGCACAAGUUCACAAUUGAGAAUGGAUCUGUGACUUAUAUGAGUAAAUUUCUUGAAAGUGAUGCUUACAAAUCAAAUCAAAGUCAAAAUCGAAUUGUGGUUUCCGAAUUUGGAACAGUGGCCAUGCCAGACCCCUGCAAAAGUGUAUUUCAACGAUCCUUGUCUACGUUUGAAAUUCCAAAGCUAUCUGAUAACGGGAAUAUAAAUUUUAUGAAAUAUGAAAAUGAUUAUUUUGUUAGCACAGAGGCUAAUCUGAUAUAUAAAGUAGAUCCGGAGACUUUGGAAACAAAAGAAAAGGUCGAUUGGAGCAAAUAUAUUGCCGUUAAUAGCGCAACAGCACAUCCUCACUAUGACCCUGAUGGGACUGCAUACAACAUGGGAAAUUCAUUUGGGAAGCAGGGUACAUUUUACAACAUCAUUAACGUUCCAGCAAAGCAGAAUGCUGAAGAAACACUACAUGGGGCCCGGGUGGUGUGCUCCAUACCAGCAAGAAAUAGCUUGAAACCAUCUUAUUACCAUAGCUUUGGAAUGACAGAAAACUAUAUUGUGUUCAUAGAACAACCAAUAAAAAUCGAUGUUUUAAAAAUGUUAACUGGGAACGUAACCGGGACACCUAUAUCUAAAUGUCUCAACUGGGAUCCAAGUUGUGAAGUGAUAUUUCACGUGGCAAAUAAACACAGCGGAGAGCUACACCCCGUGACUUUCCAUGCACAACCCUUCUCAUGCUAUCAUCAGAUUAACGCUUUUGAGGAUCAGGGAUGCAUUGUGCUCGAUAUUUGCUGUCAGGAAGAUGGAGAGGUUCUAAAGAUUUAUAAUCUGCAAAACCUGCGUAAAUCUGGGCAUGCUUUAGAUGAGGUAUACAACACAGUCCCGAACUCUCUUCCUCGCAGAUAUGUGUUUCCUCUGAAUAUUGACUGCAACUCUCCACAAGAUGUAGCCUUCAAUCCCUUGAGUUAUACAACUGCUUCUAUUGUAAGAAAAGCUGAUGGGAAGGUGUGGUGCACACAAGAGGAUCUCUAUGGCUCUACACUGGAGGAUCUGGGAGGCUUAGAAUUCCCUGCUAUCAACUAUUUGAAAUAUAACACCAAGAAGUAUCGGUAUUUUUAUGGAUGUGGUUUCCAGCACUUUGCAGGCACCUCUCUUCUUAAAGUGGAUGUCGGGACCAAGCAAGUCACGGUAUGGCAAGAAGAUGGCUUCUACCCUUCUGAGCCAGUAUUUGUACCAUGUCCAGAUGCCAAUGAAGAAGAUGAUGGUGUGAUCCUGUCUGUUGUUGUCUCUCCACGGCAGGAGAAAAAUACAUAUCUGCUUAUAUUAGAUGCAAAAAGCUUUAUGGAGAUGGGAAGAGCUGUAAUUCCUGUAAAGUUCGCAUAUGGACUGCAUGGACUCUUUGUGCCUCAGAAACCUUGA